CAUUUCAAAUAAGCCAUCAAUUUUACAAUCGUACAGACUGCAAGCACUUGUGUGACCUUGAAUAUCCGUUGAAUUUCCUGACCUUGUCAAAUUUCGGAAACUAAUUUACAAUGUUGUCUACGCUUAAAUUUGUAAGAAAUGGAUUACAUCAAAAGCAAUUCCUGGUUGGUCUUGUGCAAGCCUCCAACUUUGCGACUGAGGCAACAUUUGAAACACAGCCAUACAAGCUUCACAAGCUUACAGAAGGGCCAAGCACGACUGUGUCUAUGACGCGGGAUGAGGGUUUGAAGUUCUACACUGACAUGGUCACAAUCAGAAGAAUGGAGACUGUGGCAGCUAACCUGUACAAGUCCAAGGCCAUUAGAGGUUUCUGUCAUCUGUACUCUGGGCAGGAAGCUUGUUGUGUUGGUAUGGAAGCAGCUAUCACACCAGAUGAUGGUGUAAUCACAGCAUAUAGGGCUCACGGCUGGGCAUAUGUACGUGGAAUAAGUGUUCUUGGUGUAUUGGCAGAACUAACAGGUAGAUCAUCAGGAUGUGCUAAAGGCAAGGGAGGCUCUAUGCACAUGUAUGCACCCAACUUCUAUGGUGGUAAUGGCAUUGUAGGUGCUCAGGUGCCAUUAGGAGCCGGGAUUGCACUGGCUAUGAAGUACCAGGGUAAACCCAAUGUCUGCUUAUCAUUAUACGGUGAUGGUGCAGCAAAUCAAGGACAAGUAUUUGAAGCGUACAACAUGGCCAAGUUGUGGGAUCUACCUUGUAUAUUUGUAUGUGAGAAUAAUGGGUAUGGUAUGGGAACAAGUGUAGGCAGAUCUUCAGCCAGUACAGAAUAUUACACUAGAGGAGACUACGUACCAGGAUUAUGGGUUGAUGGUAUGGACAUAUUAGCUGUAAGAGAAGCAACAAGAUUUGCUAAAGAAUAUUCAUUGAAGAAUGGUCCCCUUGUCAUUGAUUGUGCUACAUAUAGAUACCAUGGUCACAGUAUGAGCGAUCCAGGAACCAGUUACCGUACUCGUGAUGAGAUUCAGACAGUGAGAGAGAAAAGAGAUCCAAUUAUAAAUCUCAGGAACAAACUCGUAGAUGCUGAUCUUGCUUCUGCUGAUGAGCUCAAAAAAAUUGAUCAAGAUGUGAGGAAACAGGUAGAUGAGGCAGCAAGCAAGGCUAAAACUGACUCUGAACUGCCACUAGAGGAGUUAUACAAUUCUAUUUUAGUAGAUCCACCAUCAGAUAUGCUAGUUAGAGGAUGUGAUGACUCUAUAUGGGCCAAGACCACAGCUUAAUUGAUUAUGAUGAGAUUAUUGUGUUGUU